UGCGUCCUUGAAGGCAUCAUUGCGGGAUCCAAACAGUAUCACUUCGACCGUUAAUGACGCCGAGGCUCGCCUGAGGAGCCGCCUGGUCCUUUUUUAAAACAUAUUUAUACAUUUAAAUAAUUUAAAACAAGAUUUCAACGUCCACUGUAGCUCGGCAGCGAUGGUCGAAGGAGACAACAAAAGCGCCAACAUGCUGGCUCAGGAGACGGCCCAGCUAGAGGAGCAGCUCCAGGCCUGGGGGGAAGUGAUCCUGGUGGGGGACCGUGUCCUACGCUGGGAGAAGCCGUGGUUCCCCGCAGCCCUAAUGGGCGCCACCAGCGUGCUCUUCCUGCUCAUUUACUACUUGGACCCUUCGGUGCUGACGGGCCUGUCCAGCACCGUCAUGUUGCUGUGUCUGGCCGACUACCUGGUGCCCACGUUGGCCCCCAGGGUCUUUGGCUCCAACAAGUGGACCACAGAGCAGCAGCAGCGCUUCCACGAGAUCUGUGGUAACCUGGUGAAGACGCAGCGUCGCGUGCUGGGCUGGUGGCGACGUCUGUGCGCGCUCAAGGAGGACAAGCCAAAAAUGUAUUUUGCAUCGGUGAUCAGCAGCCUGCUGGCGGUGGCGUGGAUCGGACAGCAAGUGCACAACCUAUUUCUCACCUACGUGAUUGUGAGUUUCCUGCUGCUGCUUCCUGGCCUCAACCAACAUGGCGUCCUGUCCAAGUACGCCUGCAUGGCCAAGAGGGAGAUCAACAAGCUGCUCAAGCACAAGGAGAAGAAGAAUGAGUAGUUUGUGUCCUGUUAGUGUCCUGCGUUCCCUUGGGGAGACUGACUACUGACUUUGUGUCCUCCAUUGUGUCCCAUGUCUCUUCAUGUAAACACGCCCCUACUUCCUGUCAAUCUUAUUUAUGUGUCCUGUCACCAAUGUGAAUAAAGUUCAUUUUAAAAGAUG